CUUAUAUAUAAUACAGCCUCAGGUUAUGAAGAUCUUGUUGUUUCAGCAGUGUCUCUCCUCUUCUUUUUCUCACUGUCCUGACUGUUGAUUUACUGGACUUUAAACAUGGAUGACAAGGAUAUUUCACCUGGCCACGGUGGCUCGUCUUACGAUGACAAGACCGUUACGCCUCCGCCUGAGAAGGGAGGUGCUGAGAUUCUAGAGCAUGCUUCUCAGGGUCGUCGCCACUCCGUCGCUCUCAACAUUGUUCAGAACCCUCUCCAGAGCAAAACCAAGGAUCAAGUCGUCGCCGACGCUCGCGCCUUUGCCGAGUCCAAUGGCAUGUCUGAGCAUGUUGACCUCUUCGGCCGAGCAGCUCUCAUCGCCCGUGACCCCGACAACUUCGAAUCCCAUGACCUUCUCGACGACGAACGCGCUGCUCUCAUCUAUGAGAGAGACCACAAGUGGCAUGGGUCUAAGAUGCUGUGGUACUCAAUUGGUCUUUGUGCCGUGGGUGCUGCUACGCAGGGAUGGGAUCAGACAGGUGCCAAUGGCGCUAAUCUUUCAUUCCCCAAGGAGUUUGGCAUUGAUGGCAAGGGACGCGAUGAGUGGAUUGUUGGUAUCAUCAACUCCAUCAUCUUCCUGACUGCUGGUCUGAUCGGUGCCUUUAUCGUCGAUCCUCUCAACCACUACUUCGGCCGACGUGGAGAGAUCUUCAUCACAGCCUGUUGCUUGGUUGCUACCCCCAUCGCUUCAGGUUUCGCCAAGAACUGGCAAGAGCUCUUUGCCAUCCGUUUCAUCAUGGGAAUUGGUAUUGGUGCCAAGAACGCUACUGUGCCUAUCUAUUCCGCCGAGAUGGCCCCUGCUCGAAUUCGAGGUGCUCUCGUCAUGUUCUGGCAGCUUUGGGUCGUCAUUGGUAUCUUCCUCGGUUUCUGUGCCAAUGUCAUCGUCAAGGAUAUCGGAGAUAUCGCCUGGCGUCUGGAACUCGGCUCUGCUUUCAUCCCCGCCUUCCUCCUCGCUGUCGGCAUCUACUUCUGCCCCGAAUCUCCUCGCUGGCUGAUGAAGCACGGCCGUAUCGCCGAUGGAUUCGUCUCCAUGUCCAAGCUUCGAGCUCACCCCAUCAUCGGUGCUCGCGAUUACUACUACUCUUACAUCAUCUACCACGAGGAGCUUCGCGAGAAUGCCGGCGCUGGUUACUUUGCUCGUCUUUGGGACUGCUUCGCUGUUCCUAGGAUUCGACGUGCCAACUACGGCGCUAGCACUGUCAUGUUGGCCCAGCAGAUGUGCGGUAUCAACAUCAUCUCUUUCUACAGCUCUAGUAUCUUCCGAGAGGCUGGUUACAGCCACGACGAGGCUCUGUAUGCUUCUCUGGGUUACGGUGCUAUUCAGGUCGUUUUCACCAUUCCUACUCUCUUCCUGAUUGAUACCAAGGGACGACGAUUCUUGACUUUGGCUACCUUCCCUUUCAUGUGUAUUUUCCUUCUCGCUGGUGGUCUCUCACUCCUCAACAACAGCGACAACCGAGCUGCCAACAUUGGUCCCGUUGUUCUGUUCGUCUACCUUUUCACCAUCGCCUACUGUCUGGGAGAGGGACCUGUCGCCUUCCAGUAUUCAGCCGAGGUCUUCCCCACCAUCCAGCGAGAGCAGGGUAUGGCUUGGGCUGUCUGCAUCAACAACACCUUCGCCGGUGUUCUUGGCUUGACAUUCCCUCGUAUGAAGACUGUCAUGACACCCACAGGAGCUUUCGGCUUCUAUGCUGGGCUUAACCUCAUUGCCUGGGGUAUGAUCUUCUGCUUCGUUCGUGAGACGAAGCAGAUGACCCUUGAGGAAUUGGAUCAGGUCUUCUCCGUCCCUACAAAAAGCUUCUUGUCUCAUGAGACAAAGGUCUGGCUGCCAUAUAUCUUCAAGCGCUAUGUCCUUCGCAAGGACAUCCCGCGUCCUCCUCCCAUUAUUGAGAAGGGCGAGAAGACACUCGCAUAAUUGGUGGAAUAGCUUGGGCUGCUGUCAUGUAUAUAAGUAGCAAGUAUCCUGAGUCAGGCGGUGGAUAAUCCAUAGUGUAAUGGAACCAUGAAGUAACGUCAUAUGCCAAAACCGGACCAGAACAACAUAAGUCCGUGACUGGGUAACACCUUUUAAUCGUAACUGCAGCCAAUAGGAAACACAAUUGGUACCUGUAAUUGCAGGGCCUUCAGUAUGUUCAUAGGUUGCUGGGUUCUCAUUAGCUAGUAUCACGAGCUGUCACGAGGAUUCUUUCUGAAAAAGUAACCCCAGCCAAUUUUGAGUUCAAGCUGAGCCUCGUUACGAGUCGCAAAUAUAGUCAACCACGUAAUGCGACUGCCCACUUCUUGUUCUCUUUAGGAAGGCCA